UUUGUUUGCUCUUGUUUAAGUUAAUUUCCUCGUUCCUGGCGUAUCAAAACAAACACGCGAUAUCUUAGUGUAUAGAGUUUGUACUGUACUAAGAAAGCAACAUUCAUUGCAUUGUUAAAACUUGUGCUUUGUAUUGAGGAGGCAAAAGCCUAAAGCAACUACAUCAAGAUGGGUAAAGGAUUUAACAAUUAUAUGUGCAAGAAAUUUUUCCAUCCGGCAUCGCGGGAUAACCUAAAACGGGUAUGGAUGGCGGAACAGCAAGCAGAGGCUUACAAAAAAAAGCAGGAAGAACUGCGUAAUCAGUACGAGAAGGAACAAGAGCUGCAUGAUAACAAAGCCAUUCUUAGUCGCGACAGUAAGGAUAAAUUGAGUGUCAAUUUUAUGUACGAGCUACCACCAGGGAUGAAGAAGGAACAGGAACAAGAAUCAAAUGAAUUGGAGUGUAAAUUCGAAUGGCAACGUAAAUACAAUGCUCCUCGCGAAAGUUAUUGCAAAGGAGACACAGAAAUACGUGACCAACCCUUCGGUAUUCAGGUGCGCAACGUACGCUGCAUAAAAUGCCACAAAUGGGGUCACAUUAACACGGAUAAAGAGUGUACGAUGUACAGCCUGUCUAUGAGCGAAGCGAAAAAAAUUCAUUCUGAAGCAGAAGCAAACCAAACACUUUCGAAGUGUGAGUUGGAGCAACAGCUUCGAGAAGAUGGAUUGGCAAUGAAACGCAGCGCCAAGGAAGCAGUUACGUUGCACAAACUAAUUGGAGAACCAGAAAUAGAGCAGUUGGCCCCGGAAACUGAAUUUAUACGGUCGCUUACGAAAAAGCAGAAAAAAAAACUUUUGAAAAAGCUUGAAAAGAUUGAAAAGAAACAACUGUCAGCAAAAAGGAAGCAUUUGAGGAAACGAUCUACAAGUACAAGUUCUUCUUCAUCAUAUUCUCAUGAUUCAAAGGAUGUCAUUAAGCGUUCUUCGAAAAAGAAAAGUAAGACGGAAGCUUACUGGAACGAAAAAAGCAGCGAAAAGCGACAAACAUAUCGAAACCGCAGUCGUUCACCGCCGGCUAGGACUGAUCGUGCUACCCAUAGCCGUAGAGACCAGCGUAAUAGACGUUAAUCAAGUUGUCAUUCAACGAACACUUAUCGUUGAACGAAGACAAUAGCUCCUAAUAUUUUCUGUAAUUUCCCCUGCCAAUAUACUUUUCGGAACGUAUUUUUAAAAUGAACCAUUUAUUAUUUCACGUAUUGAAAAACUGAAUCGUUUAUUGUAUCAUGUAUCGAAAAACUAAACACCUUGCGCUCAACAUAUCAUUCUCUAUUGUAUCCACAAAAAUAAA